CAGAGGAGUCCUCCCCUCUGGAGAGAGGUAGCCGAGCAAAGGGACACAAAAAAAAAGAAAAAAAAUAGAAAAAAAAGCAGUGCAAAGAAGAGGAAAAAUGUUGCACUCAAAGGCGACCGCCGCACUGAUGAGGCUCAAGGAGAUGGACAGGAAGUACAAUAUUAAACGUAACGAGGACAAACGGGGCCGAGGCUACGUCAGCAGCGAGACGUCCCUCGAAGGUACGCCCAGGGAUCGUUGGGACGACCCCAGAAGUUCCAGUGACGAUAAACCUGAAGUUGUUCCAACUUUCGAUGACGCUGAAAGUGAUGGCAGGUCUAAGGUGUCUACUAAAUCCAAGAUCCACAUAACGGUCCCAAGCCUCUGCACAAAAGAUGAUAAUCCUUCGAUUUCCAAGAGUAGCUCCAAGAAGAAGUCCACACAAGAAUCUCCUAAAAAUAGUCUCAAGUCCCUAGAGGAGGACACAGAUGUCUCUGUACACGAAGGGAGUGUCUCAAUCAGCAAGGAGUCCUCCAGAGUGUCUUCCUUGAACAGGACCACUACCAAAUUCAAGACCAGGAAUGAAAUGAACACAGCAGGAUCUGUGAUACGUAAGAUCACCGCUAAAUCUUCAGAAGACACAAUUCUCUCCGAAGCUUCAGCAGCUUCUGAAAUCAUUUCUGAGAUGAUCAAGUCAGCAGAAGAAUCUUUGACCGUGAAGAGUGAUGGAAAAGUAAAUGUGCUGAAGGAGAGGAUCAGUGUCCACGAGCCAGAGGCUGAUGGGGAUGAGGGGACGAUAGACGAAGUGAUCAGGAUAAGUGCGGAGGGGAGCGAAAUCGUCUCUGAAAUAGUGAACAGAAGUAGAGGUGUCCCCAAUGCUUCCUCCAGAGAGGAGCAAAGGGUCCAGUACGAAAGUGACACCUUCGAGGAGGCAUCCAUAUCCACAGCUUCCUCCAGUUUCACAGAGCAACGGUCGAAGAAGACGUUCCAAGAGGAGAUACGUGAGGACACUGUCAGGUCUGGGGUGAAGCAGAUUAUGAUCACUCCUCACAAACAAAUCAGGUGUAGUCAGAAAAUCACAGUUGACGAAAGGGACAAGAAGAUCGUAGAGCUGGUUCCACCGAAGAUAGUGCAGAGCACAAGCGAGUGCGAUAUCGGCUUGGACGAGGAGCUAUCGAAUUACGUGAAGACGACUGAGAACGUCGAUGAACUGGCGCCGAUCAGCCUGUUAAAGUUAUCAAAGCAAACAACGCCAGUGAAGAAACAGAGGCGGAACAAGAGGCACCGGAAGUCCAACGAAAAUACUGAGGGUUCCCAAGAGAGGACAGAAUCCUCUGAGACGUCUGAUCACGAGCGAUUAACGAGGAACAAGGAAAACAAAAAUGAGGACCAUCGACCCAGUGAAAAUAUCUUUACUACGAGAACCGUGGACCAGAGGAAAGAAGCUGAAGGCCUGAAAGAAAGUGAUGAAAAUCCAUUAGAAGAGAUAGAAAAUGGGAUCGAGGACACAGAGGCACAAAACCAGGCAGAAAACGAAGAAGCAGAGAGCAUACCCAGCGAGAAGCUGCUGAGGGAGACUCCUAAAACGUCAGACGUCACCUGGAGACUGAGGAAAUUGAACAGGGACGCGAUAGACGCUAUUGCUGGGCGAUAUAGGAUCCGCAGGCCAAAGGAGACUCAGAACAAAUCGAAAUCCAAACAGUGCAGGAAAUGCGGGACUGUAGUGAAGCUUCCGUCCGCUGAGUAUGAAGCAUCUGACAGGGAUGAUAGUAGAACUGGGUCCUACGAAAAUCUUGGGGACACCAAUCAGGAUCAUAGGAAGAAGAGGAACAAGCCGAAGAGGUCCUCCAAAUCGUCGAAAGCGAGGAAGUCGUCGAAUCGUUCGAAAAUCGAGGAGAAGCAAUCGCGAUUCGACUGUAGACAGGCUCACAGGAUCAGGAAGCAAGCUGCGGCGCUCAGACUGCAACAGGAAAGGGAGGACAUCAGAAAUUAUUUAUUGGAGAUGGAACAUACCCGAUUGGAAUACGGGAUCGGUGACUUGGCUACCAACUCCAAGCUUGCUCCUUUCAAACCACUCGAGUUCCCGAAGAUUGCGGCCUUCGUUAAAUUAGACUCGACGAAUGUGAAUUUGAAACCGAACGACGAGGUUGCCACGAUUCAGGAGAGGAUUGUGUCAAUAAGGCAGUGGCUGAAGGACCAGUACGUUCUUUAUAGGGAUUACAGCAGUCUGGCGCAAACGAUGAAUGUUAAAUACAUUCCUGCCAGUCUUGAGGACGCUAAAAGGACGAUCCGGCAGCUACAGAAAGCGACGAUUAAAGCCAGGUGA